CAUUAACCGAGUGUGACGUGGUGUGGAUUGAUGUCUUCCAAAGUGUGUGGCGCAUCAAUUCCUCAUCUCCCUCGCUCUGCCCCAGUGGACGGAGGCCCACGCCGGCAUAGGGAAUCCUUUGUCCAUGGGUGCCUCUGAAGAAGCCCUACGGAGAGCUCUCGCUGACAAGCAAGCAGCCAUUGAUGCCCAAGGCAACGCCGUUAGAGAUCUGAAGGCUGCUGGUGCUGCAAAGGUGGAAAUUGACGCUGCUGUUGAAGCCCUAACUGCAUUGAAGCUGGAGAAGGCCUCGACUGAGAGGCAACUCAAGGCCAUUGUUAGUAAUGACGGCAACAUAAACACUGUUAAUAGGGAUGCUUUCCGUCAAGCCGUCGUUAACACACUGGAGCGGCGCUUGUUCUACAUCCCCUCCUUCAAGAUCUAUCGUGGUGUUGCUGGUCUCUAUGAUUAUGGCCCACCUGGUUGUGCUGUUAAGUCCAACGUCUUAGCCUUCUGGCGGCAGCAUUUUGUCUUAGAAGAGAACAUGUUGGAAGUGGAUUGUCCAUGUGUUACACCAGAAAUUGUGCUGAAAGCAUCAGGUCAUGUGGACAAGUUCACUGACCUUAUGGUUAAGGAUGAAAAGACAGGAACUUGUUACCGUGCUGAUCACUUGCUCAAGGAUUUUUGCAAGGAGAAGCUUGAGAAGGAUCUCAGUAUUUCUGCAGAUAAGGCAGCAGAGCUGAAACAUGUUAUUGCUGUUUUGGAUGAUCUUUCUGCUGAAGAGCUGGGUGCUAAGAUUAAGGAGUAUGGUAUUACUGCUCCAGAUACCAAAAACCCUCUGUCCAAUCCUUACCCAUUCAACUUGAUGUUUCAGACAUCUAUAGGUCCAUCUGGCUUGAGCCCUGGGUAUAUGCGCCCAGAGACAGCACAAGGCAUCUUUGUGAACUUCAAGGACUUGUACUAUUAUAACGGGAACAAGCUCCCAUUUGCAGCAGCUCAGAUUGGCCAGGCUUUUAGAAACGAGAUAUCUCCUCGCCAAGGCCUUCUAAGGGUCCGUGAGUUCACAUUAGCUGAGAUCGAGCACUUUGUAGAUCCCGAUGACAAGUCUCACCCAAAAUACAAUGAGGUUGUAAACUUGGAGUUCUUGAUGUUCCCAAGAGAAGAGCAGAUGUCUGGCCAAUCAGCAAAGAGAAUGUGUAUUGGUGAAGCAGUUUCUAGGGGAAUUGUUAAUAAUAAAACCCUUGGCUAUUUCAUUGGGAGGGUGUACCUAUUCCUGACACACCUUGGGAUUGAUAAAGAGCGCUUGCGUUUCCGGCAGCAUCUCGCAAAUGAGAUGGCUCACUAUGCUGCAGACUGUUGGGAUGCAGAGAUUGAAUGCUCCUAUGGCUGGAUUGAAUGUGUUGGCAUUGCUGAUAGAUCUGCUUAUGAUUUAAAAGCUCACUCUGAAAAAAGUGGGGUUCCUCUUGUAGCACAUGAGAAGUUUCAGGAACCUAGAGAAGUGGAGAAAMURGUUAUAGCCCCAGUCAAAAAGGAGYUGGGUCUUGCAUUUAAAGGAGCCCAAAAGAAUGUAGUUGAAGCUUUGGAGUCUAUGGAUGAAAAAGAAGCUAUGGAAAUGAAGGCUACUCUGGAAUCUAAAGGAGAAUCAGAAUUCCAUGUCUGCACUCUUGGAAAAUCCGUUAUUAUUAAGAAAAACAUGGUAAUGAUUUCUAAGGAGAAAAAGAAGGAACAUCAGAGGGUUUUCACACCUUCGGUGAUUGAGCCAUCUUUUGGUAUUGGGCGAAUAAUCUACUGUCUCUUCGAGCAUUCCUUCUACACAAGGCCAAGUAAAGCUGGAGACGAGCAGCUGAAUGUAUUCCGCUUCCCACCUCUUGUAGCACCCAUCAAAUGCACUGUCUUCCCUUUGGUUCAGAAUCAGCAAUAUGAAGAAGUUGCUAGACUCAUCUCCAAAUCAUUGACUGCAGCAGGAAUCUCACAUAAGAUUGACAUUACAGGUACAUCUAUUGGCAAACGAUAUGCAAGAACAGAUGAGCUUGGUGUACCCUUUGCUAUCACUGUUGAUUCAACAUCAUCUGUAACAAUACGUGAGAGGGACAGCAAAGAUCAAAUCCGUGUUAGUGUUGAGGAGGUGGCUUCUGUUGUUAAAGAAGUGACUGAUGGACAGAGUACAUGGGCCGAUGUGCUUUGGAGAUACCCAACUCAUUCAGCAGUAUCAGCAGAUGAGUGAGUUAAUUGCCUAGUGUAGGGCCUUUUCUUGAUCAUGUUAUGUGAAAACAUUAUAUUGGAAUUUUGUUUGACACCAAAAUCUUGCGUUAAAAAGGUCUUUUCAAAUUAUUUCACGAAAACAUGAAGAAAACUGUGAAUCCUUCACUUUGUUUUGAUCAGUAUGUAUCUUCCACUUUAUGCAGCCGGAUAUUUCUGCUUUGGUAAUGUUAAUUUAGGCCUGGUUUGUUUGCAUUGCAA